CCACAGGACGGACGGAGUCGGGAGGACGAGAAGGCGGUCCAUUCAACAGAGCCGACCGGCGCCUGCGCAGAACCGCCCUGCCUCAUUCUCUCCUCACGCACAGACGCGCGCAUACGGUCUCCUUUGCAGCGCUGUUGCUGCGCUUCUUUGCCCCCCCCCCCGACCCCUUUUACCUCAGCGCCGCCUGACCAGUCUCUGAGGCGAGCCGUGGAAGCCCGCCCCGCUCUGGGAGGAGGAGGGAAAGAUGCCCGGAGCCUCCUCGAGGCGGCGCAGGGAGCUGCCGCCGCCGCCGCCGCUGUGACUCGAACCCCUUCCCAAGCCAGCGAAGGGAGCGGCCGCGAGAAAGAGAGAAAGCGUCUCCCAUGAGCAGCGCCUCCCCCUCGCCAGGGCAGCGCCGCCCUUCGCCUCCCCAGCGCCGGUAGCGAGAGAGAGCGGGCGGGCCCCGCUCCGAAGCGGGCGGCGAGGCAUGCCGUCGACGUGGCUGAGCUGCCGCCUGGCGCUGCGCUUGGGCUCCGGGUGGCCCGGCGGCUCCUCGCCCUCCGCGCUGCUUUCCCGCCUCAGCCUCCGGGCUCCGCAGCCGAGGGGCCUCCGCUGCUGCUGCUGCCGUUGCCUCCUGCCUGUGCCGGGCCAGCGCCGCUGCCUCAGCACCUUCCGAGGAAGGACUGUGGCUCCCGCUGCCCCGGCCUCGGCGGGCGCCCCGCGGUCUCUGGGCACGCACCCGAAGAAGGAGCCCAUCGAGGCUCUCAACACGGCGCAAGGGGCGCGGGACUUCAUCUACAGUCUCCACUCCACCGAGAGGAGCUGCCUGCUGAGGGAGCUGCACCGAUUCGAGUCCAUCGCCAUCGCGCAAGCUUCCAGAUUUCCUAAACCACUGGUACCACUUGAGAUGCCAUUGAAGCAAAUAGUACCACCCGAACCAACUAGUACUUGGGAGAAGUUGGAAGUUGCGCCACCAUCCACUGGACAACUGAAACAUGUGUUCUUCCACAAUGCAAUACCUUUUGUAGGGUUUGGAUUUUUUGAUAAUGCAAUUAUGAUUGCUGCGGGCACACAAAUAGAACUGUCCAUAGGAAUUGUCCUUGGAAUUUCUACUAUGGCAGCUGCUGCCUUGGGAAAUCUUGUCUCGGACUUAGCUGGAUUAGGACUUGCAGGUUAUAUUGAAGCUAUGGCCUCUAGGUUGGGCCUCUCCAUUCCUGAUCUAACGCCCAAACAAGCUGACAUGUGGCAAACACGCCUCAGUGCGCACGUGGGUAAGGCUAUUGGAGUGACCAUUGGCUGCCUUUUAGGAAUGUUUCCAUUGUUCUUCUUGGGAGAUGAAGAAGAAAAAAAACUGGAAGAAAAAAAUUAACCUUUUUACAAUGCUUAAGAUCUAUAUAAACUAAUGUACCUCAAUUAUACAACUAUGCUGUCAAAAUACUUAGCAUUUAGCAGACAGUAACAAUGUAUAGAAUGGGGAACAAAACAGCAUGCCAUUUUAUGGAAACACUAACUUAUUGUGGCUUUGUUCUAGUACAUCUUUUUAUAAGGGUUUUUCCUUUUUAAAAUGUAAAUUGUUGAUGUGUGUGUGUGUGUGUGUUUCACUUACACCGGCAGUUGGCAUUUACCAUUCCCCCCCCCCCUUCUUUUGCCUCUAUCUUUUAUAAGGAUUAUUACUUUCAGUGCUUGCCAUCAAUGUACUGUAUGGGGUUGGAGUUUGCAUAUUUACUUAGCAUUUGCAAACGCAUGGCACAAGUUCCCUUUGAUGCCCAUCGUUCUCUCCAUUCUGGCCUUUCAGUGAAGCUAGGUGACAGGUGGCUUUAGGAGGAAUCAUGUCUUACUUUUAUUCAUUUUGGGUCACCAGUUGCACACUGUAUGACUGAAUAGCAAGACUUGUUUGAAUAAUGCAAAAUUUGAAAUAGGGUGUAGAUACUUGCUGAAUAAUGAGGCAAUUAGAGUGAGACACUUAAAGGUCAAUUGCAGUUUCAGGUGCUGUCCCUCUCUCAAACUCCAUAAACACUGCUUGGAAUUCAUUCUUGAUCUUGUCAAAUUGGCAUCUGAGAUCAGGAGAGUCCUAAAAGUUGGAAUCUUAGUAACUUACAUGUAACACGGGCUACAGUUAGGAAAUGGGGGUUUGCUCAAUAGUUGGAGCUGGAAAAAUGUGCAAAACAACAAUUAAUGAUAGUGCUCAUCAGCACCAGGAGGCCAGUUCUUUGUGUGGGUGUAGCAACAAUAUUUUUGAAAAUUGGGCUUCAUUUCAGUUAGUGUGUGUAUGCUGCCCUCCUUCCAUGCCUCUCCAAAAGAAUGAAAGAAAACCUUUAUCUGAAUUUCAUUCAUCGAUUCUAGGCGUCUGGGGAACCCCCAACAAGAUAAGGGUCUAUUGUUUGCUGAAUCAUGUGUAUUUGUAGAGCACUUUGUGCACUUGGUGUGUGCAGGCUGAGAAAAAGCAGUGUAUAGUGCACUUUGAUAGGGGAAAAGUGGAGUUCAGAUGUGUUUAGAAUUAGUGCAAAGUAAGAUGAAGCCUUGAAAGGAUGUAGCUCUUUAAACUGUGUUGCCUUCAGUGAGAAACAGACUUCAGUGUGCCACUUCUGGAAGUCUCCUGCUUCAGGAAUUUGAAAGUAAUUUUCACUAUCCUUGUUUCUUUGAAUACUAACUGGGGCAGAAUGUUACUUCAGCUGUGUCUUGGAAUGCCUUUUAAAUGUCUAGACUUGGUCUGGAUGUGUGGAUCAUGUGUGCAAAAUGUAACUUAAAUAAAUAAACUUGAUCACUUUUCAUUAA